AGUUCCCCUCUUUACUGCCGUCGACCAGAGUCACGAAAUGUCCACGCAAACGAAACCUCGCAUUGUGGUGCUCAUCUCGGGCAAUGGCUCAAACCUGCAAGCGAUAAUUGAUGCUGUACAAAGCGAGUCGCUGAACGCAGAGAUCGCUUUGGUAGUUUCAAACCGGAAAGGAGCAUAUGGACUAACGCGAGCAGCAAACGCUGGAAUUCCGACCAUGACAGUGACUCUUAAAGAGUUCAAGGAUGCGGGAAAGACUCGGGUAGACUUUGAUUUGGAUGUGGCCGCCAGGAUAAAGAACUGGCUCGCACAGUCGCGAUCGGAAGCGGACCGCUCGUCAAAUGGGACGACCGCUGUUGAUACACCAGACCUUAUUGUCCUUGCGGGAUGGAUGCAUAUUCUGUCACCAGAUUUCUUGCAACAGUUCCCUCCGGGGCAAAUCAUCAAUCUGCAUCCUGCUCUCCCGGGAGCAUUCGACGGUGCGCAUGCGAUCGAGCGUGCAUUUAGUGCAUAUAAAGAGGGAAAGAUACAGGAAACGGGUGUGAUGGUGCAUAAAGUUAUACCGGAAGUCGAUCGGGGCGAGGUCGUUCUGCAGGAAAGGAUUCCUAUUUUGCCAGAAGACACUUUGGAAACAUUAGAAGAUCGGAUACAUAAAGUUGAACACCGAUUGAUCGUCGAAGGUGCCAAAGCAAUCCUGAGCAGAUCACAAGCCUCACGAUAGGCAGCGAAUGGCUCAGCUUGUGCGCUCAACAUUUUGUAUAUAACCAUUAAGAGUUUGAUGGAGGUUGUUGGAACGACGUUUGGGAACGGAUGCCUAAUCAUAAAUAAUACUUAUUCUUAAAAAAUACAUCAAAAUUUGAUUUUUC